CCUGCUAAGAAGCCCUACCGCAAGGCACCGCCCGAGCAUCGGGAGCUGCGGCUGGAAGCUCCUGGGUCCCAGCCUGAGCAGCAGGUCAGCAAGACUGGCACCCCCACUUUGCCUGGCAGAGGAGUCCCUGACUGAUGCAGAGAGGAUGAAGCUGUUGCAGCAGGAGAAUGAAGAGCUUCGCAGGCGCCUGGCCUUGGCCACCAGGCGCACCGAGGCCCUGGAGCGCGAGCUGGAAAUUGGGCAGGACUGCCUGGAGCUGGAACUGGGCCAGAGCCGUGAGGAACUGGACAAAUUUAAGGACAAGUUCCGCAGGCUGCAGAACAGCUACACAGCUUCCCAGAGGACCAACCAGGAGCUGGAGGACAAGCUGCACACGCUGGCCUCUCUUAGCCACAGCUGGAUUUUUGCAAUCAAGAAGGCUGAGAUGGAUAGGAAGACACUGGACUGGGAGAUUGUAGAGCUGACCAACAAGCUGCUGGAUGCCAAGAACACCAUCAACAAGCUGGAGGAGCUCAACGAGCGGUACCGGCUGGACUGCAACCUGGCUGUGCAGCUCCUCAAGUGCAACAAAUCCCACUUCCGUAACCACAAGUUUGCUGAUCUACCCUGUGAGCUACAGGACAUGGUUCGGAAACAUCUGCACAGUGGUCAAGAGGCUGCCAGCCCGGACCCUGCCCCCAGCCUGGCACCAGGGGCUGUGGUACCCACCUCGGUCAUUGCCCGCGUGUUGGAGAAGCCAGAGUCUCUAUUGCUCAAUUCGGUCCAGUCAGGCAGUGCUGGGCGCCCCUUGGCUGAGGAUGUCUUUGUGCAUGUAGACAUGAGUGAGGGUGCCCCAGGUGAUCUAGCCAGUCCCCCAGUCCCUGGCAGCCCCACCCCUCAACCCAAUGGGGAGUGCCACUCUCUGAGCACUGCUGGGGGCUCCCCAGAUGAGGAGGUGCCUCUGCCGGCCUUUGAGAAGCUAAGCCCCUACCCCACCCCAUCUCCACCACACCCUCUGUAUCCUGGCCGAAAGGUAAUAGAGUUCUCUGAGGAUAAGGUGCGAAUCCCCCGCAAUAGCCCCCUGCCCAACUGCACGUAUGCUACCCGCCAGGCCAUUUCCCUGAGUCUGGUGGAGGAGGGGAGUGAGCGUGGCCGUCCUAGCCCAGUGCCCAGCAGCCCUGCCUCCGCCCAGGCUUCACCCCACCACCAGCCCAGCCCAGCCCCCCCAGUACUCAGCGCCCCAGCCAGCUCUGCCAGCUCUGAGGAGGACCUGCUGGCCAGCUGGCAGCGGGCGUUUGUUGACCGCACUCCACCGGCCGCUGUGGCCCGGUGCACAGCUUAUGGACGGGAUGCGCUCCCCGAGCUGCAGCGCCAGUUUGCUCUGAGCCCCGCGGACAGAGAGGAGGAGGUUCAGGCACCUUCUUCCCCAGCUGGUGAGAGUGGGCUUUUGCUGCCAACAGAACCCAACUCUGGCCUUCCCAGGGAGGAAGAUGAGGAAGAGCUGAAUCUGCCCAUCAGCCCUGAGGAGGAACAGCAGAGCCUGCUGCCCCGUGAUCCUGGCACAGAGACAGGGCCUGGUACUUCCCACACUGAGGGCAGGCCCUGGGCACUCCCCGGCCCCAGCCGGCCCCAGCGCAGCCCCAAGAGGAUGGGGGUACACCACCUACACCGCAAGGACAGCCUGACCCAGGCCCAGGAGCAGGGCAAUCUGCUCAAUUAAGGCCCCUGCUUGCCUUCCUGCCACUGCUGCACUGGGACUGCAAGGAGACCUGAUCCCUGCAGCUCAUUGUCCUCUCCCCAGCCAAGCCCUUGAACUCCCGUCCCUCUAGGCCCGCACAGCUCUGUUCCUUGUGCGGGGAGGGCCAGGUGGGGGCCACACCAGGCCUUUCAGCUGCAUUGACUGACUGGCACCAGCUUGCCUCAUGGUUUUCCCCUUCUUGAAAUAUUUAUUCUCCAAAGGUAACAUGCAGCCAGGGCUCAAGGUCUUUCUUCAAAUCAGUCCAGCCCAAAUCGGGCUGUUCUGGGGAGCCGAGCGGCUUAUCACAUCAGUGUUCAUCCUCCAUCUUCCUCUCAUAGCCAUGAGGUGUUGCGUUGUUUUGUUUUUUGAUGAGGGGGUGUUAUUGGGAUUAUUAACCUCUAAUUCCUAUUUUCUAUUAACCUUUCUAUUUUUUACCUGUUUCCCUCUCCCCCAGAAUCCCUUGCACAGCCAUUGCCUUUAAGGGGCCUGGCACAGCGCACCCUCCGGGGUGGGAGAGGGCUGACUCAGGGCUCUCCUCAGCUGUUCCCUCUGGAAGGGAGUGGAGGGCGGGUCUCGGGCCUCCAGCUGGGCUCUAGAUGAGGCCUGGCUCCCCUCCUAAUCUUGGCUCUAGACUGUUACUCCCAGCUUUGGGAAAUUUUCACAUUGAUGAUUUUAAAAUUAAAUAAAACUAUUUUACUGUUAUGGA